AUGCUUAAGGGUUAGCAUUAACUUCCUGAUUUCAUAGCUGUGAUAAUUGUUUAUGGAAUUAUUUUUAGCGAAUUUUAUGCUUUUACAUUUAUCUUUCUACCAGCAUUUCUUAACAAAGUAAUUUGUUUUUCUUAUAUAUUAGCAUGGUGUUGUAGCAUAUUUCAUUGGAAUAGAAUUUACUACAUUAUUCAUCUUCUUGAAUUUAGCUUAUAUUAUGAUCUAGUGCACCAAACCUGGAUAUCCUCCAAAAGAUUUAGUAAAUAUUCUCUUAUUAAAAUAGGCAAAACAUUAUCAUGAAAAAACCUUGGAAGAUAUCAAAUAAAGAACAAAAAAAAUGACAGAAAAAAUUAACAAACAUAGAUAGAGAAAAAUGCAAAACCAUUUUUAAUUACAAGAUGAGAAUGAUGAUGAAAUUGUAAUACAAUUAUUUUAUAAUAUGGUUCUAGCGAUAUUAUCCAAGCAUUAUAAUUAGUUUCGUACUGCUUCAAAUGUGAUAAUAUAAAAUUACC